AUGGCCGAGACGGUGAUCCGCAAGGCCUGCGAUCGAUGUCACGCGCAGAAGCUCAGCUGCAAGCGAUACAACGAUGAGCCGUGCGAGCGCUGUGUCCGACUCAAGACCGAGUGCAAGUCGAGUCCUUCCCUGAGGUAUAGGAAACAACAACAGCAGCAGCAACUUGUCGACAACAACUCGAAUCAUCUUCAGGGACAACAACUUUCUACCUCCUCAACUCCAGCUCCGACCGGACGCCGCUCUCCGAAACGCCGGAGGACCGAUAGCCAAGGAGAUGCGAGUCUUGUCCCACCCGACGCGGUCUGCCCAUCUGAAUCAACCGACUCACUUCCCCUUUGCCGAAAAGCAGUGCCAAUAAGUCAUGUCCCCGUCACACCCGAUCCCGUCCUCGACGCCGGCGACUUUGGCUUCACCUUUGACCAGCUGGCCUUUUUUCCUCAGCACUUAUCUCAUCCUGAGCUCCCGGGAGGAGUAGUAGUCAACGAUCCUCAUCUGGUUCAUCAUCCUCCGGCAAACGUCUUUGCCGACUCUUGGAAUCCGAGGCUCGCCCUACAACAACAACCCCUGAGGAGCAGAAGCUGUGUACCUGAGCACGGCAGCUCUGACAAGCGCUCGCGGCCCCGGACCAAGCAACGGCCUAGGCAGAUCACCCUGAGGCACGACGCUGACCAUCUGUCUCCGCUGCACCCCGAAGCGCCCCCGAUUCACUGGAUGGCGCAGCUGUCCGACAUCAACGCCCGCCUCCUGGACCUCGCGUCCGCCCUGCCCUCUCCGCAGGAGGUGGCUCAGAACGGUCCGUCUCUGGGUCGUCCUGUAGACGAGAGGUUCAGGAGUCAAGGGUUCCCCAUCGAGGACAUGUUCAAGCUGACCCGGAGAGUCGCCGACAUACUCGAGAAGCCCCCUACCGACACGCCAGAUAGGGACGGCGUCAGGGGUCAUCACUCAACCAUCGACGGGACAGACCCAGGCAACGCCAUGUUCAUCCUCUCAACAUAUGUUCGUCUUCUAGACAUGUAUCAGAGAGUCUUUAGCCUCGUCCACGCAGAGUUGUCCCGAGCAGACUCGGGCGCGACCUUUAGCUUCUGGAAACUCCCCGCCGUGACCGUGGGUUCCUUUGCAGUCGAGUCAUCGCCCUUUCUCCAAAUGUCCCUGACGAUCCAGCUGGCAGAAGAGUUCCUCUGCCGGCUGAGAGGAUCAACGGCGCGCUGGUCUGGGGCUGGGAACGCGGCGUCAAUGUUUGCCGGUGUUGUGGAUGUAUCUUUCCAGGCGUUUAGAGAUCGAGAGGAGGCUUUGGCCAAGCAUCUCGUUGAACUCCGCAGCGAGAUUGAGCCACUGUUGGACUCGUAG